AUGGAAGCUGAAAGAAGAGGCCAGCAGGGCACACAGAAGAAGGCGCACGCUUGCAGUAGUCUCUUGCCUGACAGACACCUGGCUUCUGGAACUCUGAUCUCCACAGUAGACACGAGCCCUGAGUCAUGUAGGAGACUCUCUGGUGCAGGCCUGGGGAGACACAGGCUUUGCAGGCAAGGAGGACAGAGGAGCCACCCACACUCCCGGCGCCGCCACCGCACAACCUUCAACCCAGGGCAGUUGGAACGGCUGGAGUCAGCUUUUGGGAGGAAUCAGUAUCCCGACAUCUGGGCUCGUGAGGGUCUUGCUCAGGACACCGGCCUCAGUGAAGCCAGAAUCCAGGUCUGGUUCCAGAACCGCAGAGCUAAGCAACGGAAGCAAGAGCGGUCACUGCUCCAGCCAAUGGCCCAUCUGUCUCCUGCCACCUUCUCUGGCUUCUUGCCUGAGUCCUCUGCUUAUCCCUACUCUUACACUACUCCACCUCCACCGGUGGCCUGCUUCCCUCACCCUUACAAUCAUCCCCUCCCCUCCCAGCCCUCCACAGGUGGUUCGUUUACCCUAUCCCACCAGCCUGAGGACUGGUACCCCACCUUGCACCCAACCCCUGCUAGCCAUCUGCCCUGUCCCCCACCCCCACCCAUGCUUCCCCUCAGCCUGGAGCCACCAAAGUCCUGGAACUAA